GCACGAUGCAGGCCCUGGUGCGCGCCUCUUUAACAUCAGGAACGCUGUAUACGAUUGGGGACUUGCUGAAUCAGGGCUUUGUAGAACCUAGAGUAUCGGGAAGCGACAGGUCUCAAUUCCGUGAUGUGGACUGGUUGAGGACGGGAAAGUUUGCUUUGACCGGCGCAUUGCUUCAUGGGCCAUUUUUUCUGUAUGGGUUUACCAUGCUUGAUAGGCUGUGUGGGCAAGCCAGGUCGCUGGGAGCCGUAUUUAAGAAAUCUGUUGCCGGCCAGGUUUUGCUCUUCCCGCCCUAUGUUCUCUCUUUCCUAUCCAUGACUGCUCUCUUGGACGGGCAGUCACCGUGGGACCGGAUCCAAUCCCGCUUUGUUCCAAUCAUGGUCAAUGGCUCUAUUGUCUGGCCGAUCGCCAACGUUAUCAACUUCCGGUAUCUUCCAAGCCAAUGGCGUAUCGCUUACAUCAAUAUUGUUGGGAUUGGAUGGAAUACAUAUCUCAGCUUUAACACUCGACAGCAUACUAAGCGGGCCAUCCAAAUACCUUCCGAUUUACGUUAGCCGUGGAGGGGAGAACCACAUCAAAGGAAUGUUACAUGGCCGGUAUCGAUGAUAGCUGAGCGGCUGGUCCCGUUGGCAGUCAUUGGCGUCAUUCCACGCUCUCUUCUGCGCCUGACACCAGCCCAUGCAAAUAUCAACCGUCCCGAAGUGACCUAACCAUUUUGAGAGAAAUCUAGAGCGUGUAGCCUGCACCAGGGACGGCAUAUCACGUUGAAAUACAGGUGCAGACACACCCGUAUGGCGUCUUCGCAUUUAUUCCUGAUGUUCAAUGAGAUAAUCCAGACAUAGCAUUAUAUGUUUUAUUUUGUGUCGCGCCCAGCUGAAAAGGACGUGCUGUAACUUCACAUGAACCAAGGAUUGGAUGU